AUUAGCUCUCAUGUGAUAGCUCUCGCGCAUGACGUGCCAACCAUAUGGCACUGGCAGCAGAGCUGGUACCCCCUUUGCUGGGUAGAGAUGCCACUCUCGCCUCCUUUUGGAUAGAGGACUGCAGGAGGCUGGAGCACCUCAAGGAGCCGCGUCCCGGUCCCAGAAGAUGCUGGGAACAAUGAAAUAAGAAUUCCUGCGGUCCGCCCGAAGCCACGAUGUUGACGCGACUUUUCAGCGAGCCCAGCCUGGUCCCCGAGGUCCCGAAAUUCGGCGGCUGGGCCGAGGAGUGCGAGGACGAUGCCCGCAGCGAGAAGGAGGAGCGGGCGGGGAAGGGCUGCGCCCUCCCCGAGGAGCCGCCCGAGGGGGAGAGCAAGGAGGAAGGGGAGCUAGGCGGGGACGAGGAGGAGGAGGAGGAGGAGGAGGAAGGUUUGGAGGAGGCGGAGGGCGAGCGGCCCAAGAAACGCGGCCCCAAGAAGCGCAAGAUGACCAAGGCGCGUCUGGAACGCUCCAAGCUGCGGCGGCAGAAGGCGAACGCUCGGGAGCGGAACCGAAUGCACGACCUGAACGCGGCCCUGGACAACCUGCGGAAGGUUGUGCCCUGCUACUCCAAAACCCAAAAGCUCUCCAAAAUCGAGACCCUCCGCUUAGCCAAGAACUACAUCUGGGCUCUGUCUGAGAUCCUUCGCUCGGGCAAACGGCCCGACCUGGUCUCCUACGUGCAGACUCUGUGCAAGGGGCUCUCGCAACCCACCACCAACCUGGUGGCCGGGUGCUUGCAGCUCAAUUCCCGCAACUUCCUAACGGAGCAGGGCCCCGAGGGCGGCCGGUUCCACGGCCCCAGCGCCUCCUUCGCCGUGCACCCUUACCCUUACCCUUGCUCGCGGCUGGCCGCGGCGCAGUGCCCGCCCGCCGCCGGUCCCGGUGCCCACGGGCUGCGGACACACGGCUACUGCGCCUCCGCCUAUGAGAGCCUCUACGGGAACGCGUCCCCCGACUACAACAGCUCGGAGUACGACGGCGGGCUCAGCCCCCCGCUCUGCAUCAACGGCAACUUCUCCCUCAAGCAGGACUCUUCCUCCCCCGACCACGAGAAAAGCUAUCACUACUCUAUGCACUACUCGGCGCUGCCCGGCUCCCGGCCCGCCGGCCACAACCUGGUCUUCGGCUCCACGGGGGUACGCGGGGGGGUCCACUCCGAGAACAUCUUCCCCUACGACAUGCACCUCCCGCAUGAGCGGGGCCCCAUGUACGAGGAGCUCAACGCCUUCUUCCACAACUGACCCCCCCCCUCCGGUGAUAGCGGGGAACCAACCCCCCCCCACCCCGGAAUGAUUUUGGGGGGGUGGGGGUAGGAGGCACCGGCGGCGGCCCCCUCGGAGCGGUCCCCGGGGCUCCGCCGUGGGCUUUGGUGCAAUACGGGGACCGGAACCCCGCGCCCCGCGGGGACAAAGUGCUUUUUUGGGAGGAUUUCCCCUUUUCCUUCUAUUCUUGCUCUUAUUUACCCGUUAGUUACAUGAUCAGUGUUAUUUAUUGAGUCAAACUACCACUAGCCAGUCAGUUCAGUAAUUAUUGAGUUAGUGAGCGACUUCUUUAUUCAGGUAAAUCCUUUUUUGUUUCAAGAAUUCAGUUCAGUUAUUAUUUAUUACGUUAAAUUCUUACUUAUUAAGUUAAUGAAUUAAUAAGUUCAAUUAUUAUUUCUUCGGUUAAAUUAUUAUUCUUUCACUCGAAGAAUUAUUUAUUUGCUUAAAUUGCUAUUUAUUUGGUCAUAUUAUGAUUUACUUAAUUUAUUAUUUAUGUAGUUAAACGAUUACAUUUAUUAUUAUUAUUAUUAUUAUUAUUAUUAUUAUUAUUAAUUUCCCGGGGGGGAGGCGCCCAGCGCGGCCUCGGCCUCCCCCGUUCACCCCCCGGAGCCCCCCCGGGCUCCCCCCUUCGGCCCUUUGGCUCGAGCCGCGUCGUUUCCUUCUGAAUUCGUUUUCAUUUCAUUUGAGCUCGAUAUUUUUCCUCCCUUUUCCCCCUCAUUUUGGGCCGUUUUCCCCCUCCCUCCUCCACUGCCGCCACCCCAAACCCCUUAAAACACAACCCACACCCCCCCCCCCCCCGGUAUUGGACACCCGCGGGAGCGAGAGGAGCCGCGCUGCGGCGCGGAGCGCAACUUUCCGAAGCAAUAAAGAGGCGAAGGGAGGAACCCACAUUUCUAUCUAUGCAAGCGGGCCCGGCCCGGCGGACGCUCAGAGAUGCACUUUGCUUUGGGGGGCCCCGGCCCCGCUCCCCACCCCGGGAGCUCCUCUCGCAGCGCGUGUGUCAGGACGUUUUCUACCUGUUUUCAGAAACUUGAAACGGAAAAAGACAAAAAAAAAAGGAAAAAAAAACCUAAAAAAAAAAGGAAAAGACAAAAAAAAGGAAAAAAAAAAGAGGAAAAAUAAUAAUAAUCAUCAUGAAAAAAAAAUGAAGAGACCCCCCCCCCCCCAGCCCCGCGGAGCGCCCCGGUUCUAUGCAAGCGGGGCUCCGGGAGGGGAGGGGGGGAAGCGGGGCUGAGCCCUCCCCCCCCCCCCCCGCGGCACCCGCCCCGGCCCCGUGUCUCGCUCCGCUCCGGUUUGCCGCAUUCCUCCGGUCGGAGCCACCGGAAGGCCGAGAAACGGCUUUGAUUUUCCUUCUUUCUUUCUUUUUUUGUCUUCUUUUCUCGAUCUUGGGUUUUUUUUUAGGGGGUUUUGGUUUUCUUAUUGGACCCUGCCCGCACCCCCUUCGAAAAACCAGCAUUAAAUAGAGCCCAGGGAGGAGGAGGAGGAGGAGGAUUUCGGAGAAAAUCGAAACGAAAGGAAAAAAAAAAAAAACGUAAA